GUUCCUGUCACGUGUGUAGUGCAUUCUUGAGCUUGAGACCCCGCUUCAACUUAUCUCGGAAGCCACACUGGAAUACAAACUUGAAGUUUUAUCCCUCUUGACCGAUCGGCGGAAGGGACAAACUCAGAGAACUCACUGGCUCACUAGCAAUUCUCCGAUAUGGAUCCGGGGUAUAUUUACCGCGUGGGGCAGAAUUAGAAGGUUGCACGCCAUUUUGGAUCUUUCGGCUCCCAGCGUUGAUCUGCCCCCUGUGGCUACAAGUAUUUGAUCGCCCCCCUUACGGAUGGAACUCGCCCGUCCCCCACUUCUCCUCUUGCCCAGGCUUCUCCCACCAUGGCAAGCGAACCAAAAGACGGUCAGUGCAGCCAUGGUGACUCAGACUCAGAGAAAGCAGUCUCCCCAGACCCCAAGGAAACCGAGCGCAUCCUGGAGAAUAUCGUCAAUUUUGACGACCCUAACCUCGACCGUGAACAUAUCCUAGAGGGUGUCCUUGAGGACGAUUCGCCAUACCCCGAAGUGCGCUCUGCUGUCGCUAACACCGAUGAUCUGGAUAUUCCUGUAUCUACGUUGCGCGCCUAUGUGAUGGGUCUUUUCUGGGCCAUCCUCAUCUCAGGCCUCAACCAAUUCUUUUUCUUCCGCUAUCCCUCUGUUACCAUCUCCAGUUAUGUCGGCCAGUUGCUUUCAUUCCCCAUGGGCCGUGCGUGGGCAAAGUUUAUGCCGAACUGGCGUAUCUUUGGUUAUCAACUCAACCCCGGUCCAUUCACUAUCAAAGAACAUGUGCUUGUCACCAUCAUGGCCUCCGUUGGUGCUGGUUCCGCAUAUGCCACGGACAUUGUUGCCGUUCAGCGGGUGUACUACAACCAGAGAUACAACUUCGGAUACCAAUGGAUGAUCGUCAUGUCUACUCAGAUGAUCGGUUUCUCCAUCGGAGGUAUCCUGCGACGUUUCCUCGUCAAUCCCCCCUCAAUGAUCUGGCCUAUAAACCUUGUCACGUGCGCUCUCUUCAACACUUUACACUCUCAGGUAUACACGGGCAUGGGUAACUAUGGCGGUAUCUCCCGCGAGCGUUUCUUCUUCUAUGUGUGGACGGCAGCUGUUCUGUGGUAUUUCUUCCCUGGCUUCAUUUUCCAAGGCCUCUCCUACUUCUCUUGGGUCUGCUGGAUCGCCCCGAAUAAUAUCGUCGUCAACCAACUCUUCGGUUACGUGUCCGGCCUCGGGAUGAGCGUCAUCACGUUUGAUUGGGCUCAGAUUACAUAUGUAAUCAGCCCUCUUGCUACCCCGUGGUGGGCCGCGGCUAAUGUUGGCGCCGGCUUUGCGUUCUUUUUCUGGCUCGUCGUUCCAUGUCUUUAUUAUACCAAUACUUGGUAUAGCAAGUACUUACCUAUGUCGACGCGCACGUCCUACGACAAUACUGGUGCAGCGUAUAAUAUUACCCGCAUAAUCAACGCAGACUCCUCUUUCAACAUUACCGCUUACGAGGAGUACAGUCCCCUUUUCCUUUCCACAACUUUUGCAAUUUCUUAUGGGUUAUCCUUCGCCUCGAUCACUGCCACGCUUGUGCAUGCCUUUCUCUUCUUCCGCAAGCAGAUUUGGAUCCAAAGUCGUCGUUCAAUGCAUGAACAAGCAGAUAUCCACGCGCGGCUCAUGGCCAAGUACAAGCAAGUUCCGGAAUGGUGGUACAUGCUCAUCUUCGUGUCUAUGUUUGUGAUCGGCGUCCUCUCGAUUGAGUUCUGGCACACUGAGUUCCCAGUUUGGGCAUUCUGUCUCUCGCUUGUCAUUGCGUUUUUCUAUGUCAUCCCUAUCGGCAUGAUCCAAGCCAUCACAAACCAGCAAAUCGGUCUCAACGUUAUUACCGAAUUGAUUGUCGGCUAUGCCCUGCCUGGACGUCCAAUUGCAAUGAUGUUAUUCAAGACGUGGGGUUAUAUCUCCAUGUACCAAGCUCUCGUCUUCGCGUCGGAUUUCAAACUUGGCCAUUACAUGAAGAUCCCUCCGCGGACCAUGUUUUGGUGUCAAAUUGUAGCGACUAUGGUUGCUGGUACAGUCCAGCUCGGCGUGCAAGCUUGGAUGUUCACCAAUAUUCCCGACAUGUGCAGCCCAACACAGCCGGAUGGUUUUAUAUGUCCCAGCACGGAAGUAUUUGGUACUGCUAGUUUCAUAUGGGGUGUCAUUGGCCCUCAGAGGCAAUUUUCCAGUGGACAGGUGUAUCACGGACUUGUAUACUUCUUUCUUAUUGGAGCGCUCUUUCCACUCGCUGCAUGGGUCAUCUCUCUCAAAUGGCCUAACAGCUCUAUCCGCUAUGUCAACUUCCCCGUCAUUUUCAACGGUACAAGCUAUAUUCCCCCAGCGAGCGCAGUCAAUUAUGUCCCGUGGACAAUCGUCGCCUUCAUCUUCAACUACGUCAUACGUCGCCGUCACUUCUCAUGGUGGACGAAGUACAACUAUGUCUUGUCUGCCGCCUUGGACUCUGGUCUAGCUGUAUCGGUCGUCCUGGUCUUUUUCAUUUUGCAGUACCCUGCGAAUGGAACGAUAGGCAUCAACAGUAUCCAGAAAUGGUGGGGAAAUACUGUGUUUUUGAAUACUGCAGACGGAAAGGCAAUGCCUCUACUUGAGCCACCUGCGGGUGGAACGUUCGGUCCGACUCAAUGGUGAGCAGGGUGGAGGGUUAAGAGCUCUCAUAUGGUUUAUAAGGUAUUUCUUGAUUUGUUUUUGACGAUUUCAUGCAUGUAUUACGAUGUCAGCAUUGUAUGUGUAUGGUAUAGACCCGAAAUGACAGUAUUUUGGGUGCAAGAUUUUGUAUGGGCCAACAGCCGUCAGGGGUUGGAUCAUGGAAUCCUAGUUACAG